CCGAGCAAGUUCCUGGCUUCUCAAAACAAAAAGAGCAAACAGUGGGUAGCUGCUGUCAGUGAAAGCUGAGAGACGUGUUUAGCCUUCUACUGCCUCGUCAUGGUGCUAAAGUCAUGUUGCGUUUACAGCGUCGGAGUUGUUUCUGUACUGAUGCUGAUUCUCGGCAUUUCGUUGGUUUUGACCAGCGUGUUUCCACAUUUAGUACAGUCGAUGGUUAAAAAGCAAGUCAUUCUGAAAAACGAUACAGAUGCGUUUGAGGCCUGGAAGGAUCCACCGGCACAUAUCUACAUGCAGUUUUACUUCUUCAAUCUCACAAAUCCCCAAGAGGUGUUGGAUGGGGAGAGGCCAGCUGUGGUGGAGAUUGGACCGUAUACAUACAGAGAGUACCGGCCUAUGGAGCAAAUUGACUUUCAGGAUAAUGGCACUAAAGUAACAGCUGUCAACACUAAAACCUACAUUUUUCAGCGUAACAUGUCCCGAGGUCCAGAGAGUGACCUCAUCAGGACAGUUAAUAUCCCUGCCAUGACAGUGAUGGAAAGACUCAAGGAUAAAUUCAUUGAAGCCAACUUGAUCUCUGCCUACAUGAAGGGCACCGGGCAAGGCCUUUUUACCACUCGUUCAGUGGGAGAGCUGCUGUGGGGAUAUGAAGAUGGACUUCUUAAAGCCUUGAAAACCAUUACACAUGAUCUGGAUGAUGUUUUUGGACUUUUCUAUAAGAACAAUGCUUCCAAUGAUGGAGAAUAUGUGUUUUUCACUGGUCAGCAGAACUAUAGGGACUUUUCCAGAGUGGACACGUGGAAAGGUGAAAGCUCCUUGAAUUGGUGGACGUCUGAUGAGUGCAACAUGAUUAAUGGAACCAUUGGAACAGGCUUCCAUCCUGUAAUCACCAAGAAUGAUAUGCUCUACAUUUUCUCGUCUGACCUGUGCAGGUCUCUGUACACAGUGUAUGAGGAGGAUGUGACAGUGAAGGGGAUCACUGGGUAUCGAUUUGUUCCUCCCAGCUCAGUGUUCGCCAAUCUGACUGUGAACCCAGACAACGCAGGCUUUUGUGUGCCUGCUGGUAAUUGCCUGGGGUCUGGCCUGCUGAAUGUGUCUGUAUGUAAAAAAGGGGCUCCUAUCAUAAUGUCUUCACCACACUUCUACCAGGCAGAUGAGAAAUUUGCUCAGGAUGUAUUCGGAAUGACGCCAAACAAGGAAGAGCACCAGACUGCCAUUGAUAUCAAUCCGCUGACAGGAGUGGUUCUCCAAACAGCCAAGCGACUCCAGAUUAACGUCUAUGUAGAGCAAAUUCCCACCUUCAGUCAAACGGGAAAUGUAAGGACAGUAGUCUUCCCUGUGGCUUAUCUGAAUGAGAGCGCCACCAUUGAUGACACAGCAGCCAAGAAGCUAAAGGCGAUUGGUGUUCAGCAGAACGUUGUGGAGAACAUUCCCUUCAUGCUGAUUGGCCUAGCCAUCAUUGUGGGAGGAAUCUUCAUGUUCUUGGUGUGUCAACAGAAAGUCCCCGAGAGCACUGCUGCCGAACGACAGCCCCUGCUCUCAUCGUAACAGCAAACAGAACGUGGAAAGAGGAAGAUUGCCUUGGUUGCAAUACAAUUCAAGGGGUUCACCCAUUAAUUCUCAAGUAACACUAAUACAGUGGUUUUCAUAUUUUAAUCUACUUUCGCAUUCAUGGUUGUAAGAAAGUGGUAAAAACUGUCUUUUUGUUGUGUUUGUUGCUGGGUUUGGAGGAUAAUGUCUUCAUUUCAAGUUGUAAUGAUGCUGGAAUCCAGAUUUUCCAGUCAAUCUUAAAUUGAGCUUGUUUUUAUUUUAACUCCUAACUAUGGGAUUUUUGAAUUGGAUUAACACGGGGUUAGUUAACCCCCUUAAACAACCCAGCUUUGAAUUAAUCAAACAUCCUGGAAGUGGGAAAAACACUGUACUGCAAAGUGGCCAUAUAUGUGUGAGCUGUUGCUGCGUUUCUGAAUAUAAAAGACGUUGUGUCUAUCUACAAGGCAACUGGCUAGAGCUUGAACAGUUACUAGAUUCCCAGACUAGUUUGGGAGUCAGAGUUAGUUUUAAAAAGCAAGAAAAAACAGUAUUAAGAAGCCAGGUUGGUUGUAUGUUAUAAUGAAGUGGAUGUAAAAAGUCAGGCUAGUAGUGCAGCCUGUUCGAAGUGCAGAUUACUUUGGGCUUGUCUUUCAGCCUUUUGGCUUCAGAUGCUAUGGCGAUGUGGUCUUGUUCAUUUUAAAAUGAUGUUCUGUGUUGUAGCCAAGCUCAGUAAUCUACAGUGUAUAUUAGGGCUGCCACGAUUAGUCGACUAGUCACGACUAAUUUAAUAGUCGAUGCGUCGUUUGAAGCUUUGUAAGAU